UUUUUUACAAAGGGACUUUGUAAUCCUCUUGUUAUUUUAUUGGGCGUAGGAAAACGCAAUAAGGAAACCAAAGCAAAUCCAUAUUUCACAAAAAAACUAAGCAAUCUACCAAUUUUUAGACGUAAAAUAUCAACAAAACAUCCCACAAAAUGAAGAAGAAGGUUCUGCUUAUGGGCAAGAGUGGCUCCGGCAAGACGAGUAUGCGUUCCAUUAUAUUUGCCAAUUACAUUGCCAGAGAUACAACGCGGCUGGGAGCAACAAUCGAUGUGGAACACUCCCAUGUCCGGUUUUUGGGAAAUCUGGUUCUAAACCUGUGGGAUUGUGGUGGCCAAGAGGGCUUCAUGCAACAAUACUUUGCCUCACAGCGUGACAAUAUCUUCCGUAACGUUGAGGUGCUGAUCUAUGUUUUUGAUGUUGAGAGUCGUGAACUGGAAAGAGAUGUCCACUAUUAUCAAUCAUGUUUGGAAGCAUUGUUACAGAAUUCUCCCGAUGCCAAAAUCUUUUGUCUUAUCCACAAAAUGGAUCUGGUGGCCGAGGAACAAAGAGAAACUUUGUUCAAGGAUCGUGAAGAUGAUUUGAUAAGACUUUCAAGGCCCGGAAAUGUUACUUGCUUUAGGACGAGUAUUUGGGAUGAAACGCUUUAUAGAGCCUGGUCCAGCAUUGUAACUAUGCUCAUACCAAAUGUUGCUGCAUUGGAAAAUUCCCUGUCGGCUUUCGCCAAUGUCAUCGAAGCCGACGAGGUGUUACUUUUCGAGAAGGCAACAUUUCUAGUAAUCUCACAUUGUCAAAGUAAAAAGAACCGUGAUUCACAUCGUUUUGAAAAAGUUUCCAACAUUAUUAAACAAUUUAAAUUAAGCUGUUCGAAAUUGGGUGGUAAAUUCCAUUCAAUUGAGGUUCGCAACAGUGCCUUUGCUGCAUUCAUUGACACCUUUACCAGCAACACAUAUGUUAUGGUUGUUAUGUCUGAUCCCACCAUACCAUCCGAGGCCACAUUGGUAAAUAUACGCAAUGCUCGGAAAUAUUUUGAGGAGUUGGAGAAUCCAAAUACAAAUGCUGUCAGCCAUCAUCAAUAUCAUUGAAGAGUUCCAAUUGUUUCUCGCCUCUCACCAAGAGGUUGCAAUGAAUGUUAUAUUUAAGUGCAAAGUGCUUGUAAAUAUUUUAUGUACUGGUACUUUUUUUUCAAAUUUCUUUUCCAUUACUCCGCUUCAUGGGAUAGAGUGGAGUUUUUUUCUUUUAAUAUUUUUUCUUUUGAACAAUUUAGUCAUAAGAUCUAAAUAAAAUAAUGAGGUAUUUGUUGUUAUUUUUUUUAUGAAAUUUGUUUUGUCUUUUAUCUGAAGAAUAUUUACUAAAAAAUAGCAAAUACUUUUUGUAAUAAAUUUCGCACUUCCUAUGUUUAUUUUUAAGGACCACAAUCACAUCUGAAAUUUCAAUUUCUCUAAAGACGCAUUUCGCAAUUGAGAUAAGAUCUGUUUUCGAAAACUAAAAUCAUUAAUUAAAGCUCAAUUUCAAUUUUUAACUCACAAUCUAAGAUAUUUUUGUAUAGUUCCAAAUUUCUUCAAUCCAUAGGUGUAUCUCAAUAAAAAUAAACCAAUAAACUAUAUUU